AUGUGGAUCGUACAUGAGCCAGCGGCCCUCCUGAGAGAGACACCAUCAACCAUAUCCCACAGCUGCACGGCAUGGUCCCACCCGCCGCUCACUAUUAUGGGCUCGGUGGGGUGGAGACGGAUGGAAAACACCCCAUUGGAAUGGCCGGGGUACAUACUAGACCCGGUGCCUGUGCGUGCGGGGGCAAGCAGCAAGCACUGCUACAUACGUGCAUGCAUAUCACGUGUGUUGCCAUUGAAUUUCGCCUCUGAGCGUGACAUUGACGUCUUGGCCACACGGAAGGGAGAAAAAGUGCUGGAGCUGUCUGUCAAAGCCGGUACAGGUCCUUGGGAAUUUAUGUCAUGCACAUCCAUAUCCUUAAACCCAUUUAGGUAUGGCGUAUCGUGCGUCAAAAUACCCUUAG